AUGUUCACAUCAAAAGUCGGGGAUCAACCCAUGGAACCCCCCGAGCGUAAUGCAAGUUUUGCCCUGUCGUGUCUGCUUAUUGGGUUUGCGUUUGGGUUUCCGUUGGCUGUUGAGACGCGGUCCGAGUUGGGCAGGAAGACGGCUGAGAGUGGUAGUGAUAGUGGUGCGAAUAAUGCGCUGGAUGAACUGGUUGGAGUCUUCAACCUCAUACGCAAAAUGAUAAGCUAUUCGACGCCUGCUAUGGACGGGGUGCAUAUGAGCGAGCUAGGUGGUCUUCUCUUCGUUGGACAGGGGCUGGGACAUGAACUGGGACCGGAACAGCAGGGACAAACACAGGCAGAGGCACAGACACAAGCACAGCCCUCCCACCACGCAAUAAACAACCUCAACACCCUGCUAAACAAACUCUACCCACCGCACCACAAAACCCACCAAAUAAUCUCCUCAACUCUAUCCUACCUCUCUAAACUCCUAACAGGCCUAGACGCAAACGCCGAACUAGUCUCUCUGAGCUUCAUGUGGGUCUGCGACGUGCCAGCCGAAUUCAUCGAUCUUGUUCAAGUCUAUGAUCCGCUUGCGCUGGUGGUGUUGGCACACUACUGUGUUGUCCUUCAUCGGCUAAGAGAGCGUUGGUGGAUUGCGACUUGGGGGGAGAGGGUGCUUGAUGACAUUAAGGGGAUUUUGGGGGUGGCUUGGAGUGGGGAGGUUGAGUGGGCGGUUGGAAUGGUUAACCAGGGUUAA